AUGCGGCCGUCGUCGUUGGUGGCGUUGUCGGGGGACGAGGCGGCGCCGCGUAUGUACUUCAUCCCGUUCCCGACGCCGGGGCACGCGCUGCCGAUGUCCGACCUCGCCCACCUCUUCGCGUCCCGCGGCGCCGACGCCGCCCGCGCCAACGCCGCCCGCGCCAACGCCACCAGGCUCGGUGGUCCCGUCGCCCGCGCGGCCGCCGCAGGCCUCCGCAUCCGUAUCCAUGCACUCACGUUGCCUGCCGAGGCCGCUGGGCUCUGGGUGGGCACGAGAGCGCCGACGACCUCCCCACCCGCGAGCUCGCGGGCCCUUUUGCCAUCGCCGUUGACCUUAUUUGAGUGCAGCGUGCUCUGCUGCUCCACAGCCCGCACCCCGCAGGACGGCGUGGCAUCGGACACCGAGCCGUUCCUCGUGCCGGGACUCCCCGACGCGGUGUGGCUCACCAGAUCGAGGCUCGCCGAGGCAACGCUCCCGGGCGCGCACUCGCGGGAGUUCUUGAACCGCAUGUUCGACGUCGAGCGCGCCACGGCCAGGUGGGUCGUCAACUCGUUCGAGGACCUGCAACUUGAGAUUCCCCAGAAAGUUGGCAGACUUGUGAAUAUGCAAAGACUUGUUUUGGCUGUGGGUUCUCUAUCAAAUCUUCAGCAACUUUUUAUUUCUCAGAAUUCUUUACUGUGCCUGCCUACGAGUGUAGGAGAUUUGCGCAAUAUGUUGCUACUCGAUGUAUCUGAUAACAAACUAAAGGCACUUCCAGAAUCAAUUGGAUGUUGCAGUUCCCUGGAAGAAUUGCAAGCCAAUGGUAAAUUCAUCAGUUUCUGA